AUGAUUUGGGCAUUCUUCUGUGUUACUGCAUUGGCGCUCUCAACUGCAGGCACCGGCCUAAUUCUCUUCAAAUUUUGUAAGGACUGGGAAGGUCGCGCUUCCUGUGUCCGGUGGCUGCUCGCUGCAUUUUUCAUCUGCCAGUUCAUUACUGCGAGUGCACGACUUGCAUACUUCAUCUGGCUCACUAUUGCGAUAAAUAAGGGAAGUCACUCUGGCGAUUACGAAGACAUGCAAGAACAGGCGGUGGUGACAACCGAGCUUUAUGACAUGGGAACGAGUGCUGUGCUGAAAUUGAUCCAGAAGCAGAACGGCUGGAUCACGACAGUCAUCAUCAUCGGCGAUACAUCGCAGUUCGGAAUAUUGAUAUGGAUCACUGCUUUGGUGUACGAAUUGUCAAAGCUCGUGGCGCUUUCAAUGGACCGCGGAGAGACCCACGAGCGUGCAAAAAUCCGUCUCUAUUCCACCAUAGGUCACGUGAGCAUUGCAGUUUUUCUGUUGGUUCAAGUCGCACUCGCCAUUAGCUAUAUGGGCUACUCUCGAUAUGCCUACUCGAUGCUAUUAGCCGUUUACGCUUUACAGACUGGUGUCUUUGUUUACAUGAUUGUCACGGUGGUCGUGCUGAAGGUCAAUGGUCGGAGUUACGAAAGCAUUCAUGGACGGUUCGUGACGUCGCCUCUCUAUCGCCGACUGAAGUGGAUCAUGUUAGCGUACGCCUUCUUCGCUUUCCAAUUUCAGCUGUCGUCGGUGAUUCUAUACGCGGCUCCAGCCGAUAAACAGAAAUUGUCCGAGUUCGCUGGAGUGAGCUUCACGCUCUAUUAUCUGCGAGGUUUCGUGUUCUCAAUCGUGACCGGGUGCAGCCAGCUCUGUAUGGUGAAAUGCAUGAGUUGCUGCGUACCAGAAGAAAUCAAGGCGGAAUAUACGCAGCGUCUUGAAUGCAUGACUUCUCCUGGGGGCUACGAUCUACCCUGUGUUAAUCCAGUCUUUGUGGUUACCGAUAUCGAAUCGUCCAGUGCGCUUUGGGCGAUUGAAGAUGGUCGCAUCAUGCAGCAAGCAACUCGACUUCACGAUGACAUUUUGCGCUCCUUACUUGCGGCAUACCGAGGAUACGAGGUCGCUACAGCAGGCGAUUCUUUCCAGUUGGCUUUUCACACGAUCAGAGAAGCGGUUGAGUAUUGUUUGACUGCUCAAAUGCAUCUACUGAAGGCGAAAUGGCCCAAGGAUCUCCACGGCUUGAUACCUGCAACUCGAAAAGAACGUGUGGGCACAAAAACAAUAUUUAGAGGUCUCCGAGUUCGCAUGGGAGUCCACGACGCUGCUGAAUCGGACGGACCUCUCAUCUGCGAUGUUCAUGUCGUGACGGGAAAGCUGACGUACACGGGCGCUUCCGAAGUUAUCACCAACGAGAUAGGAGGUCUGGGACCUGGAGGCCAUAUUUUGGUCACCGAGCGUGUGGCUGAAUGGCUCGUUACGAAUUCGUCGCAAAUGGAUGUCAAGUUUGUCAUGGAACACGUGUGCAAGUAUUCGCUGCCCCGAUCAAAUGUUGCACUGGAGGUCUUUCAAGUAGUGCCAAAGUCGCUGGCAAUGCGGUGCAAAAGCUUUCGAUCGCCUCAACAUGUUGUGCAGAUCGAGCGAGAGACGUCUCAAACCAGAGCUGAAUGUCGUAUGUUUUACACGUCCUUGCAGCUAUUGACUUACAGUUGA